AUGAUGGUCGGUGAGAAGAGAAGAUGCAGAGAGUUUAAUGGACCGACGCCUCAUUCAGUGGCUGUGAUGGCCAAGCCCCCCCUGUCCAGACCUGCAGACCACCUGAUCCUGCAGACUCAGAGACGGGAGGAGGCCCGAGACCAGGCCCUGGGGUUCACCAGAGACCUGCAGAGCUGUGACAUCAAGGCUUCGUGGCUGCUGAGCGGCGAGCGCUGCUUCCUGAGAGGAGCUGUGGAGAGGAGAGUCGGAGCUGAGCUGCAGCAGCACCAGGAGAACAUCCAUGAAAGGAGACGCAGGCUCAGGGUCCUCCUGGAGGCCGAGGAGCAGCAGCUCCUGCAGGAGAUAGAGGAGAAGGAAGAGACAGUCCUAGAGAAACAGGCCAAGAUGAGAGAGCGGACCAGAACCCUGAGAGAGAGGAGAGAACAGGAGAGGCAGCAGCUGGUUACAGACAAGAUGGAUCAGCUGUUCAGGGAGCAGUGCGAGGAUCUGCGCAGCAUCCAGAGCCGACGUUACGAGCAGCAGGUGUGUCGGGAGCGUGCUGCUCAGGUGAGGAGCAAACAGGAGGAGCAGCGGAGGCAGCAGGAGGAGGAGCGGCUGUUUGAGGAGCUGCUAGAGGCCGACCAACAGGUCAAAGACCAGCAGGAGGUUCUGAAGGUCCAGCAGCGGCAGCAGAGGGACUCUGAGCAGCUGCAGGAGCUGAGGAGGCAGAUGGAGGCGGCAGAGACACAGAGGCAACAGGAGAGGCAGCUGAAAGAGGAAGAGGCCCGACUCCGACUGCAGCAGAACCAGACCCAGGUCCUGGAAGAGCAGUGGAAGCAGCAGCUGAAGCUCCAGGAGCAGCAGAACCGGCGCCGGCAGCUAGACCGGGACCUAAGGCUCAAACUGAAGCGGGUGGCCCGGGAGCAGCAGGAGGAGCUGCAGAUGGAUAUGAACUUCCUCCAGGAGCUUCUCAAACAGGAAACAGACCACAGACAGGAAGCUGCUAACAGGAAGGCAGAACUCCGGGAGGAGCAGCAGAGGUACCGACAGUAUCUGUCUGAGGAGCUGCAGAGGAAGAGGGAGGAGGAGGAGGAGACAGAGCAGCUGCUGGAGGAGAAACUGAAGCAGGUCUGGAUGAAGCAGGAGGACAAGAGACGGCUGGACAGGGAGGCCAGGAAGCAUUUGAUGGAGGAGGUGAUGGAGGCCCGUCACCUACAGAUCCAAAACAAAUUGGAUGUAAACCUCCAGAAACAAGCUGAGCUGCAGAAAGAAAAGGAAGAGCUGAAUCAAUUCGUGGAGGAGAUGAACCUGAAGGACAAGGAGGAGAGGAGAAGCAGGAGGCAGGUGGCAGCAGAGUACCAGGCGGACCUUCAGGCUCAGAUGGCGCAGCAGCAGCAGCUCCGCAGCGUGCAGGCGGUUCAGACCCUCAGAGAGGAUCAGCAUGGACUGAUCCUGGAACAGCUCUACAGACACAGGAGGGACCAGAUCCUGAACCAAUCCGAGUCCAGCACCACCAUCCAUCCUUUCAGGAGAACUUUGAUGUCUUCAGACUGA